CUGAUGAACCUCGAAUGUGAUGAAGAUGAUGCUGAUGCGAGUGAACAAGACUCUCCUAUUAACUCAGAAAACCUUGAUGCUCUUUGUGAGGUUAAGUUAGAGCCUAAUGAAAUGGACUUAAACAGUGAUGAAUUGAUCUCUAAUGAUGCAAAUGAAGGGAACCCAAAUGAUGAUGAAUUAAUCAUAAAUGGAGGGGCAAAUUUAGAGUAUGAUCAAUGGAAUGUAAAUGGUGAAAUAAACUCAAAUGAAAAUGAAGUUAACUCAAAUGCUGAACCUGUCCACACCAUUGAAGAACUGAAAGAUGCAAUUAAAGAUGAAAUAGUUAACUUGUUAGAUAAAGACAAUGAAAUGAAUAGUGAGGCAUUUGUUAAACGUCAGUGUUCUAAGCUUGAGAUAGAAGAUAAAACAAUCAUACCGGUAUAUAUCGACCACCCAUACUCAUCUAUACUAAAUGCUGAUAUGGUCAAUCACUUCCAGGAUGUACCAAAUGUGAAUAUCCAAAAGAUGAAUGAAUUAAAAGAUGAAGAAGGCCAUCGGGAUGAUAUACAUGAAGAAACUCUUCUGAAUGAUCAGGAAAGGUAUUUGGAUUUAUAUCAGGAAAAGUGUCAAUAUGCAGUCACUCAUAGUCCCUUUAAUAUACCUAGUUUUGGUGGAGAUUACAUUAAACCUUGGCCUGUUGAACUUGCAAAUAUCACUUCUGUAGUGGAAAAUGAGAUUAAUAUUGGAUACAAUGGAACUUGUGCAGAAAGUAAGGAGGUAAUCACAAGAGACAAUAAAACUGAUAACAACGUUACAAAGAUUCAUAACCCAAGCAAGCAAGUCCCUGCGCUUUAUGGCUCUGUGGAAGAGGUAUCUAAAAUCAAUGGUGAUGCACCAGUCACAAUCAAACGAAGCUGUAGGGUAAAAUGUAAAAGACUGAACGAUCAAUCAGGUGAAAGAAAGAAAAUAAAAUGUAUGCCUAGACAAAUUCAGAUAUUUGAAAUAACACAAAGAGGGAUAAGGUGUCCUAACUGUACACGAAGAUUUAAAAACGAAUUAAAACUUUUGAAUCAUUUUAUUACAUGUUGGACCGGAGAACGAGUUAAAGAUGUCAUCAAAAGAAAGGCAGCUUCAAAUCUUGCUCAAGACAAUUUUGCUUACUGUUGUAAUAAUUGCCAAAUGCCAAUUUACUUAAAUUAUAAACGUUUUCUCAGGCAUUGCUACUUCUGCUAUCAGACAAAUGAUAAGGAGGAGCUGAUAAUUGAGUCAAUCCCAUGCUAUAAAUGCAACAAAUUUGUCAGCGAAGAUUAUUGGAUGAAACACCUGCAAAAAUGUCUGCUCCCAUCAUUUGAUGAGAUCCCUGCAACCAGAUCUCCUGGUGGGUUACACUGUCACAUCUGCACUUAUAAAAUCAAUUAUAGAGAAAAAGUACAAAAGGGUCAUUCUGAAUCCAAUCAGAGGCUAGCUAGUCAUAUGUAUCACAAACAUGGCAUUGUCCAAUCUGGAUUCAGACUUCUGAAAUGUGCUGAGGAAUAUAAGAAGGAACCCAAUUGUACUUAUGCUACUGUCGGAAAAAAAUAUUUGAAUAGCCACAUCAAGAUUAAACACAAACAAGAUCACAUUAUUGGACCAGAAUUCCAAUGCGAGGUGCUUGAAUCAGAAAUCAAGAAACAAAAAUUGCCGAAACUAACAUUGCAGUGCGAGGAAUGUGGUCAAAUGUAUUGUUCAAAGGCUGCUGUAGAAGACUGCUUAGAAGCACAUCGCAGGAGGGAACCAGUUCCAUGCCGCGUGCCUUCUUGUAUGAAGACAUUCCUAACUAAGAGAAGAGAAAAAUGGCACUACAAGAAAACCCAUGAUGAGGGGGCUGCAGAAAAGAGAAGAACCAAAUUGGUUUCAAAUGUUCCGAAUAUUUGUCAAGCUUGUGGAAAAGACUUUAGAGAAAGAUGUCGUUUGGUGCAGCACGAAUCUAAGGUUCACAAAAUUCCACUACCAAAGGGUUAUCACAGAUAUCAAUGCAAUCGCUGCAGUUUUUGGGAUAUUUCCCGAUGCAUUGUCAGGUUCCACAAACUUCGACACGAAAAGCUAGGAAUUAAACAAUACUUAUGUGAAGUCUGUGGGAAGAAAUUUACCAGUUUCUUUCAAAAGGAAAUUCAUUACAGAACAUACCAUAAAGGGAAGGGGUACAAAUGUGAACAUUGUGAUAAACUGCUACCAAGGAAAGAUAGUCUAAUUCUACAUACUAGAAUCAUGCACACACAUAAGAACAUCAAAAAAUACCAAUGCCAUCUCUGUGAAUACUGCUCCAAUAUUAUGGGAAACUUACGCCUUCAUCUUAGAAAUAAACAUAAACUUACAGUGGCCACGCAUAGCAAAGGUUCAAUUUUGCGUAGUGAACAACUAAAGGAUGCAGUUAUUGUAACCAAGGAAGGUAGUGUCGUACCAUAUGUUCCUGAACUUUUGGAAGACCUUUAGGGGAUGAUGUACAGUAUAUGCCAAAGACUGCAAGGAAGAUGUCUGAGUUUUUAGCUGUCUAAUAUAACAGACUAACUGGAGACUAUGGAGAGCAUAGAAUCAAAAAUAUGAUAUAUUGCAGAUUAAAUGUGAUCAACCAAAUGAUAUGUACAUUAAUCACCCAAUUGCUGACAAAGAGAUAAACUGAUGUGUUUUAUUUUAGUGAAUUCAUGUUCUUCCAUAUUGGGCAUACUAUACCUAGAACUUUUUUCAAAGAGGUUUUGUUGUAUAACCAGUUUUCCAUUGUGUAAAUUAAUUACUACUAGAUCACCAAUCUAUUAUUUAAUGACUCAAUCAAUUAAUUUGAAGUCCAAACAUUUAAUGAUAUAUCUUUUGCCAAGGUGAAUGUGAA